CAGAUUCUGGACUUCGGGCCGUCGCUGUGUGAAGAGGUGUUCCGCGAGUUGGACUCAAUUAAACCGGACCUGAAUUCGGACAUUACGGACACCGAACAGGCCAUCAACGAGACAACGGUGAACGUGAAGAACGAGGUCCGAGAGAUCAACCUUCGCAUCAACAAAGACAUUAUGCAGACCACCAGCAAAGGCAAGAAACAGGCGAUGGUUAAGUCCAUCUCGGCGUCGGAUCAGAUGGAGUUGGACUCAGCCAUCGCGAUGGCCAAAGACAUCGCCACCCGAUCUAUGCUCACGUUAGACAAUGAAAUGCUGGACCCGAACGGCCGCCACAACGACUCGCCGAAGACACCAAACUCGCCGAAUAAGAAGAAGACGUUUUCGUUUAAGUUUCACACAUCGAAGUCGUCGCCGAAGACCGAACGGCGCAACUUCAGCGAA